GGUUCCAGCCAAGUCACAAUGGAGCUCGCGCCUCAUCCUGUGAUUCCGCGGAAGAAGCCCGUCCUGGUGUGCAUCCUGGACGGCUGGGGCGAGAAUCCCGUCAAAGACGGAUUCAACGCUUGCCACGUUGCGAAGACGCCCACCAUGGAUUCCCUCGCGGCAAAGGGAUCCGCAUACUAUCGAAGCGUCCUAGCUCACGGCCCUGCCGUCGGCCUGCCGACCGACCAGGAUAUGGGUAACAGCGAGGUCGGCCACAACGCGCUCGGUGCCGGAAAGAUAAUCGCCCAGGGCGCAUCCCUGGUCGAUAUCGCCCUCGAGAAGAAAUCUAUCUUCCAGGACGCUGGCUGGCAAUACGUUAAACCUGCUUUCGAGGCGAACACCCUGCACAUCAUCACUCUGCUGAGCUCUGGCGGUGUGCACUCGAGGUACGAUCAGCUCAAGGGCCUCAUGCAGGGUGCCGUGGCUGACGGCUGCAAGAUGCUUCGCCUGCACGUCCUUACCGACGGGCGCGAUGUUCCCGACGGAACCUGUCACGAGUACAUGUCGACGCUUGUGAAAGACCUUGCUACCCUUGAGGGUUGUGAUGCUAAGGUUGCUUCUGGCGGUGGAAGGAUGAAGGUCACCAUGGACCGUUACGAGGCUGACUGGGGCAUGGUCGAACGGGGCUGGAAAGCUCACGUUCUUGGCGAGGCCCCUAACAAGUUCAAGGAUCCCAUCGAGGCCCUCAAGAAGCUCAAGGAGGGUGGCGACAGCGAUCAGUACCUCGAGCCUUUUGUCAUCGUAGAUGAAGAGGGCAAGGCUGUUGGCACCGUCGAGGAUGAUGAUGCAGUGGUGAUCGCGAACUUCCGCGCCGAUCGCGUCGUCGAGAUUUCUAAGGCUUUUGAGUAUCCCGACUUUAAGGAUUUCGAUCGAGUCCGAUUUCCGAAGGUCAAGUUCGCAGGGCUUAUGCAGUACGACGGGGACCUCAAGCUCCCUGCCAACUACCUUGUUCCUCCUCCCCUCAUCGAGCGCACUUCCGGUGAAGUCCUUGCAGCAAAUGGACUCAAGACCUUUGCAUGCAGUGAGACUCAGAAAUUUGGCCAUGUGACCUUCUUCUGGAAUGGCAACCGCUCUGGAUAUUUCAACGAAAAUCUCGAGACCUAUGUUGAGAUACCCAGUGACAAUGUGCCCUUCAACCAGGCGCCUCUCAUGAAAGCGCGUGAAAUCACUGCCGCUGGAAAGGAGGCUCUUCGCAGCGGUAAGUAUGAUGUCGUGCGUGUCAAUUACGCCAAUCCGGAUAUGGUCGGGCACACUGGUGACCUCCAGGCGACCAUCGCUGCGUGCGAGGAGUGUGACGCGUGCGUGAAGGAGCUUCUUGACCUCGUCGAUGAGCUUGGAGGGAUGUACCUUGUGACCGCUGAUCACGGCAACGCAGAUGAUAUGGUCCAGCGCAACAAGAAAAACGAACCCCUGACGGGUGAAGAUGGCGCCCCUCUUCCUCUCACGUCACACACCCUAGCGCCUGUUCCCGUUGCCAUCGGUGGCCCCGCGCUCCCUGCAACUGUCAAAUUCCGGGACGACCUUCCCAAGGCUGGCCUCGCCAACGUCACUGCGACUUACAUCAACCUCAUGGGAUACGAGGCGCCUGCGGAGAUGGAGCCCUCACUUAUCGCGGCGAACUAGUUACUCAUAAGCGAGCUAGCUAGGUAAAUGUGGAGGAUGUUGAAGCUCAGAAUCAGCUUGGUCACAGGGUGCUGUCCAUUCCAGCGC